CAAGUAACUUUGUAACGUGUUUCUUCUGAAAUUGUUCCAAGUUGAAUGGUGAACCAAGUUCCAAGUAUUCUCCUUUUAUUAGUAUUUUAAAUCGUGGCACGUUGUUUUGUUUUGCACUAGUUUGUUAAAUUUCCUCGGGUCCCGUCUAUUUUGUAUAGAAAAAUGGUAACUUCUCCCUAUUAAUUUUAUCAGUGGCCAAAUUUGUUAUCAACUCACAAGUUGAAAAAUAUUUUACUUUCUUACUCGCCUAAGGUGGUAUUCUAUUGUAAAACUCUCAUUCGUUGUCGUUUUUCAAGUUGUAAUGUCGCAGUACAACUCGUGAACAAUACGUAGUUCUCGAAAUUAUACCCCUCAAGUGUGUGACUUCUCCUAUAACCAUGUCUUCUAAACCGUUAAUCGGGAUCGUGAAACAGGUCACUUCUGGAGACACCAUUGUUAUCCGGGAUAAGCCUAUUGACAAAAGUCCCAAUGAAAUCACCAUCCGACUAAGUCGUGUGAAGGCGCCGAAAUUGGGACGUAAAGGCAAGGAUCGUGAAACCAAAGACGAACCUUAUGCUUGGGAAGCUCGUGAAUUCCUGCGUAAGAAGUUGAUUGGUCAAGAAGUGAAAUUCAUCCCGAUUCCGAAGGCUAACGAAGACAUUAAACACGAAAUUGGCAAAGUGUAUUUCCCUAAGGAUGACGAAAACAACGAUAUCGCUAGGGAAUUAGUGGCUAAUGGUUUGGCUCGAAUUGACAGCAAGAGUAACAAUCCCAAGACUCCGGAAGACGUUAAGAAACUCUUUGAAUUGGAAGAAAAAGCGAAGCAGGAAAAGAAAGGACAGUGGAACAAAGAAAACAGCGACAAGCACAUACGAAACAUAAAAUAUGUCUCAGAUUACAAGAAAUUCGUCAGUGAAUACGGUAACAAACCUAUGCAAGCGAUUGUUGAACAAGUGCGAAAUGAUCGCAACGCCUACAUGAUUCUAGACGUAAUGAUUUUGCCUCACUUCUACAGCAUUCCGUUCGCUUUAUCCGGAUUGAACUUUAACGACUCGGACGAUAAUUGCAGAGAAGAAUCUAAAUUCUUUGUCGAAUGUAGACUUUUGCAACAAGAAAAUGUUCGCAUUGUCGUUGAGAAAGCUCUGAAAAGUUAUGUGCUCGGAACUGUGUUACAUCCGAAAGGAAGUAUCGCUGAACUUUUGCUGCAAGAAGGAUUCGCAUACUGCGAUGACCAAACGUUGCCCAUGACCAGUGAAGAACGUAUUAAAUUGAGAAACGCUGAGAAAUCAGCUAAAGAAAAAAAAUUACGUAUUUGGAAAAACAAACCAAUCCUUCCAGGAACGAAGAAAAAAGAGUUCCAAGGAACUGUGACUGAAAUCAUCGGAGGCGAUGCUAUGAUGGUGAAAUUGAGCACCGGUGAAACGAAGAAAAUUUUCUUAGCCAGUAUUAGAUCACCGAGAGAAGCUAGACGAGAACCCGGAGAAGAAAAAACUCGUCAGGCUCGUACCUUAUUCGACGUUCCAUGGUUGUACGAAGCCAGGGAAUUCUUACGGACGAAAUUGAUCGGUAAAAAGGUGAAUGUUACCGUCGAUUUCGAGCAACCACCGAAAGAAGACGAUAAUGGCAGAUCAUUACCGGAAAAAUUAUUAUGUACCGUGCUUGUAGGCGGAGUCAACAUCGCCGAACAACUCGUACAGAACGGUUUGGCCACUGUGAUCAGUAAUAAUCGACAAGGCCAAGAAGAGAAGAAUCGUUCGUCCCAAAUCGAUGCUUUGGUCAUCGCCGAAAACAAAGCGAAGGAAAAUCACAUCGGAUUGCACAGUAAAGGCGAACCACCUAAGCAUAAAGUUAGCGAUUGCGUUGGAAACCGAGCCGCCGGAUUGUUCCCGUUACUGCAGAAAGCGUCGAGAAUCGAUGCUAUUGUCGAAUACGUCAUGAGCGGGUCUAAAAUGAGACUGUUUAUUCCGAAAGAUUCGUUCAUGAUUACGUUCUUACUUUCCGGUAUUUCAUGCCCUAGAGCUGGUACUUUGUCUGGUAACAGAACAGGAAAGAUAUUACAGGCUGAUCCAUACGGUGACGAAGCGUUGAAUUUUACGAAAGAUAAGAUUCUGCAACGUAAGGUUGAAAUCCGUAUCGAAUCUAUGGAUAAAUUCGGUAACAUGAUCGGUUCGUUGUUUAUUGGUAAUACGAACUUGGCUUUGGGAUUGGUAGAAGAAGGUUUAGCGUCCGUGCAUCCGACCUGUUCGGACAGAACCUUCAUGCAAGCUGAGAAAGUAGCAAAGACCAGUAAAAUUAACAUGUGGGCGAAUUAUGAAGAAGACGCGAAAAAAGACACUAACGAAGAUGACGUCAAAGAACGCACCUUCAACUAUAAAGAUAUCAUUGUGACUGUUGUCGCACCCGAUUUACACGUGUACGCUCAUCACGUCGAAGAGAAAAAAGCGUACACCGAAAUCGGCGAGAAAUUACGCCAAGAAUUUAGCUCGAAUUCGCCGGCGUGUUGUAGCAAAGAAAAGCCGCCUGUCAGAGGGAAAUUGUACGCUGCAAAGUAUACGGAUAACGAAUGGUAUCGAGGCAAAGUAGAAAAGGCAUACAUGUCCAGUGGGAAAGCUUUCGUUAAUUACGUCGAUUACGGUAAUCGUGAGACCGUUUUGUUCGAGGAUUUAGCACCUUUGCCCGAAUCGUGCGCCGGACCUAAGCCAUUCGCUCACGAGUAUGGAUUAGCCUGCGUACAGUUACCUCCGGACCAUUACAAAGAAGACGUCGUCCAAGAACUGAUACGCGAACUAGCCGACCGCAAUUUGCGUAUAAACGUCGAAUAUUACGAACAUAAUUUCCCUUACGUGUCGAUCACGGACCCGGAAACGAACGAAGAUUGUAUUAAAACGUGCAUCGCGAAAGGCCUGUUCUACGCUCAGAAACGUCGAGAGAAGAAGUUGCACUCUUUGAUCGACGAAUACUUGGAGGCCCAGAACGAAGCGCAGAAGAAACGCUUGUUGAUUUGGGAGUACGGCGAUGCUCGCGACGACGACGCUAAGGAAUUCGGCUUAGGCAAGUGAUCGCCGCUACGUGUGCGCGUUGCGCGCGAUUUCGCGGGCUCGACAGACGUUUAUUUUCAUCGCUGCCUAAAUAUUCGUCUUCUUCCUUCGCCAAAACAAAAAAAAACUGUUUCAACUUACUCGCUGUUGUUUCCGUAUCGUUUUUUUCCCCCUUUAUUUCUUCUUUCAACCAUAAUAUUAUUUAAAAACGUUGUUUAAAUUUUUACCAAUAAUUUAAUUAUUACUCUGUAUUACCUGCGUGAAAACGGAUAAACCUUCCUUUUUAAAAAAAUUUCUACGAAAAAUCUUCCCCGACAACGAAGGAGUCAAAAUUUAUUAUAAGAAUUGUCUCUUACCAUCGUAUGGUUUCUGUUUUUUUUUCUCUUUUUCUUUCUUUUUUUUAUAUACACAUUUAUAUAUAGAUCAGUAAUUUUUUUUUCUACGGUCGUUUUGUCUCGUUUUUUUUUUCUCCUUGAAUAGGUGGAUUGUUGCCGCUGUUUUAAUAUUUAUUUUAGUGCUGUAAAUGUUAUAAAUCAUGUUUUAUGUUAUAUAUCGUUUUGUCUCGAAUUUUUAUAACCCUGAUGUUUGGGUUUGGUAAAUCCUUGAUCGGUAUUUUACCUCCUUUUUAGUUUAGUUCAAUUAAACUGUAAAUUUAAAGUGAAGGAGAGAGGAGCGAAUUAAAUUAAAAUUCGUUAAUGAA